CCCGUGGUCACCUGUACGUGUCCCGCUCCAACACACGUGCGCACACACACACCUCGUCCUGCUCCAAAACACACCACGAGGUCAGCGGCCCUUAAAUGUCUCUGCUCGCAGCUUCCUCGAGGGCUGCUGACGAGCGAAAGGGAGACUCUGACCGUCACGGGCUCUCGGCUCUCAGCUGUUUUUCCCUCCACCGCACCGCCGUCCGCUAACACUCGCCGUACGUCUCCCGCUGGGCUACGCCGCCCCGCACCUCGGCGACCCCUCGCCCGUUUUCUCCCCGCUCCGUAAACGAGGGGCUUCGCAGCUGCAGGCCCCACUGUCCAAAUGUGAGACACGAGACGGCACUUCCUCCUCGUUUUGUUUUUUCUUUUUUUUUUCUUUUACUUUCAAGGCACAACAUUUCAAAAUAAGCUUUUACUCUGAAUGCUUUAUGUGUGUUUGCCCGACACCCCUGGUCCCUCUGCAGCAUCUCGCACGUCCUCACACUCUUCUUUGGGUCACAGCUUGGAGUUGCAGUGUGUGCGGUCGGUCGUGUGUGUGUGUUCUGAAAGUGCUUAAAGAAAUGAGGGGCAGCAGCAGUGUGUGUGUGUGUGUGUGUGUGUGUGUGUGUAUAUAUAUAUAUACCAGCGUGGACAUGAAAGAACACCGCUAGCCACAGGAAGCUAGUGGCACCUGUCCUUGUUUACUUUUACUGGUGUGUGUGUGUGGGCACAUUUCGUGUCUUACUGUAGCACUGAUGUGUGUCUCUUGUGGUUGCAUGUGCAUGUUUUGCGAAUGUCUUUUUUGCUUCGAAGUUCACUUUGACGUGUGUGUGUGCGUGCGUCUCACUGUCUCAGGCCACACUGCCACAAAGCAAGCAGCCCCCGCCGCUGUUCUCCUCAGCCAAUGGCAGUGCCCCCCCGCGGAGCAGCCGGCCCCCGGCGUCCGUAAGUAUCCGCCUUGUCGUAACACUAAUGCGACGCUAAUGAAAGUAACCCACUUGCGCCUCUUCGCACCUCAUCGUCCCUCUCGGCGCUGCUCUCCCGGUCGGCCUUCAGGUUUUCUCCGCACGUCUCUUCCGUUCUCUGUGUCUUUGUGUGCAAACAGUGCUGAUUAUUUUAGUCUCUCUCUCUCUCUCUCUUUCUCUCUCUCUCUCACACACACGCACACACACACACACAUCUCACCUCCCUCCCUCCCUCGCCCCCUCGCUCUCUCUGCUAACGUGACGGUAAUAACUCUGCAGCACAUUAGCAGGCGUCUGGAUCUCAUUCGGUGCAAGGACCUCCGCGCUCAAGGCUCCGCCAUGGAAGAUCUCAAGAUUCUGUUGCCCCCACCUCCAGUAGUCACCCAGAGGGGUGGCCACGCCAAACACUCGAGCUCAGCGACAGCCGUGGGCCCGAUAUCUCGCAGUGCUCUGCUGCUGGGGAACAGCUCGCUCACCAGCCAGGCCCAGGUGUACCUCCAUGCCAAGAUGGUCCAGACGCUGGCCUUACGGACCCCCCAGGGCCUGCCUCUUAGACGUACGCACCCAUCUCAUCCCUUGACCCUCCCUCAUGCUACCAUGUUUGCUCAGCAACCAGAAGGUCCUCCGAAAGCAGGAAAGAUGGGGGAGCGGCCUGGUGGCGAGUCACAUGACACUGCGGUUACCCGCAUGCAGUCUGCACACCAGCUCCCCAUCGCCCCGGCACCAACUCUUUACUCCUCGGUUCAGAGCCACGGACUCAUCAAGCACAUGUUGCAGUGUAAAUCCAUCCACAAGGGGGGUCACAACCCACUUAUCAUUCCAAGGCCUGUAAGAAUCCACAGACCCAAGGUCUCCCUUCAGGCUGCUGCACAGAAGACUUUGCCCACCACCCAGGUGUGCCUGACCAGUGGGGAACCUGUGCACCCCGCAUCACCCACGAUAACCACGCCAUCGUCGGUCCAGUCCCAGCAAAGCGCUCUUACCACCUCAUCUGCAGCCUUGUUUUCCAUGUCUCAGCCUUCACAGACGGAGGCCAUUAUGGAGUUGCACAUGAAAACCAUGCGUUCUCCUACUGACAUGUCGCCAACCACUGUGGUCACACCGUCAACUGCUCCCAUCCAGUGGCAGCUUCCCACACUGAAGGCUGCUCCACUGGGCUCUGCCCAGCUUUCCCCUCACUGCUCUGCCAAGAAGGCACCGCCUCCCCUUCUCCCCCACCGUCCCCAAGAGUCUUCUCCAUCUAAGCCCAUUGACUCCCCAUCGACACCUCAAGUGUCCCAGGCGACUGUGACAACCACUUUGCUUGCACCUCCAUCCAGUCCUCCACUUGCUCCACCUUCAUCACAACCUGCUCCAAGCCCUUCAUCUACCUUAAAAGCACUGCAGUUGUUGAGGGCCCUGGUUCAAGAGUCUGAAAUGCUGCCCAGAAAGCGAAUGCUGGAAUCGAAAGACCAGGAGGACGAGAUCCACCCACCGGCCAAGGUGAAAAGCCCGUCUCCUAGACCGUCGUCUCCCCCGGCCAGUGCUGUGGACCUUUCGGAGACGCAGGAAUCCCAGGAGGUUUACGUGUCGGUGGGGAUGCAUACAGAGGAGCAGCUGGAGGAAAGGCAGCCGGACCCUCCAACAAAAGCAGGAGAUUCAACUACUGCAUCACCACCACCAACCUCAGGGCCAGAGGGACCCUGCAAGGACACAUUCAGCCUAUUGGCAAGCUGCACAGGUAGUGCCUCCUCUCGGUCUCCUCCUCCUCCUCCAUCCUGGCCUCCAGAUGCAUCCAGCCUACCUCACGUGACCCCAGAUGACAGCAGCUCCAUCACGGAAUCCCCCAGGGAUGCCCCAUUCUCUGACAGCCUCCAGCCCCAGCUCCAGGUCCAGGAUGCUCUGAUCAGAUGCAGAAAUCAGUCUCCCACGGCCAGCCACCCUGGGGUUUCUGGAAGGGAGUCUUCCCAGGCAAUCGUCAGACCCCAAAUCCUCACCCAUUUGGUAGAGGGCUUUGUCAUCCAAGAGGGGCUAGAGCCUUUCCCGGUGGGCCGCUCUUCUCUGAUGGUGGAGCAUCAGUCAGAGGAGGCACUGCCCAACGGAACUGCCAACCCUUCCGUUGAGCUGGACCGGUCAGAGGUCUCGGACAGCGAUGACAUGGUUGCAGAGGAUUCUCUGGAGGAGGAUGUUCUGUGUGAGUUCUGUGGAAAGAGGGGCAGUGCCCAUACCUUCCUCCGUUCUCAGCGAUUCUGUUCUCUACAGUGUGCCAGGGGGUUUAACGUAGCCUACUCCAAGCGCAUCACUGGUCUGAAAGCCAGCAAAAUGUCCCGCUGGGCACAGCGAGCUGAACAGAAGCGUGGUCAAAUGCCCAGCACAGCAGAGAUGAACCAAGCAGACCGCUUCCUCAGGCAGCGAGCAUCAGCCCGAUACAGCAGCACUGGCACCCUGAGCAGUGACAGCAAGCAGUUUCCAAAGGGGGAGGAGGGGAAUGAGCCCCCUGUUCCCAUGAAGACAAGGCUGCGUCGUCAGACAGAACAAGACCAGCAGUUGAGGGACAGGGCAAAAGCGGUCUCGAGCUGGACCCCAAAAAGUGCACUGCCACCUCCACCCAACCCAAGCCUGUGGACUGUUGAUCAAGUUUGGGCCUUUAUACAUGCCAUGCCAGGGUGCCAAAGCAUUGCUGAGGAGUUCCGCUUACAGGAGAUUGAUGGACAGGCUCUGCUGCUGCUUACAGAAGACCAUCUGGUGGGUGCUAUGAAGCUGAAGCUGGGCCCAGCACUGAAGAUCCAUGCACGCAUCAGUGCCCUAAAGGCACCCUAGCUAAUGUGUCCUGCCUCACUGCAUCUGCCACACCCCCAGGUACCUCCCUCCAUCUAUAGGACCUGUCUGAAACCAUAAGGACCUGUCUGAAACCAUAAGCCCCUGCGUUUCCCUAGUUUACAUCUUGACCAGCUUUGUGGAAGAGCAUUGAAAACAUGCGCUCCAACAACCUCAGUCCUGCCAGUCGUCACCUCUUCAUAUCUACAGGACUCUACCUCCAGGUGUUCAAGGAAAGCAAGGGAGUUCUCCUCAUUUCCCCCCCCCCAGAUGCUUAUUCUAACCACUGAUUCAAAGUUCAGUAAAACUGAUGAUAGUAUGAACAGUGACAUUCAUGAUCAUGACAUAUUGUCAUUCAGAGACAGCCCUGUGAAACAUUUAUGUAAAAUAUUUCAAAGUAGUGAACUGGAAUGCCCAGUUACUGGGUUCUCUGAGGCCACCAGACUGCCUGGUAUACUCCAGAUCAAACUUUACCAAGUGUAAGGACUUUUGUAGCACUUCAUAGAAGCAUGACACCAUUUUCUUGACAGUAAUUCCAUGCAGAUGUUUAAAAGAGUUUUUGCACCACAGGGAUGCUGCAUAUAAACAUUACGAACACAAAUUAACCAUUUACAGAUAGAGUAUUUAUAAAAUCAAAAACAAAAAAAAAUUAUAUUUUAUGCUCUUUUGUGUUAAGAAAACAUUCUUGGGACACUCAAUCUGUCUUCAGUUUGACGUUAAGUUUCAUACUGAAAGGCUCAGAAAGAGGGGACUUUCCUUCUAUUUUAAGAGGAGGUUUUUGUAGGGAUGACAAAUGAACGUAUGGUUUGCUGGUCCCUUUUCAUAUAUUUUUCUAUAAUGUGUAUUUAAAAGUAUGUGGAAGUAGACAUCUUAAAAAGUGUUCAACAGUGAAAAUGAUUAUAGAUAAGUAUUUUAUAUUAAGUUAUUUUGGGAGCAGUAUUUGUAUAAGUGUUGUCUUUGCUUUAAAGAAAUUAUUUCACUAAGCUGGAAUUCAAGUGGAUUUACAGACAAAAAUGAAACUACUGUAUUUUUUUCAUAACCGACUAAGUAGUAAAUGCUAGUAGUAAAGCACUGGUUCAGAUGCCUUCAUACACAGAUUUCUUCCCCUUUCAGUCCGUUCCACAGCCCCUCUGUUUAGAGCAGGGUUUGAAUAUGCACAAUUAAACCUACUAAAAAUAUAGCAUUUCAUAUGAUGUAUUUUGUAACUGUUUUUUGCUCACAUUCUGUAAUAAAAGCAGUGUCAUUUUGUUCCUUUCUGUACACUGUGAGACAUGUUGGCGCUUCUGCGAGACAUGCUCUUGUACACACUCAGUGGCUGCAGUACAGGUAAAUGUGGUAUUUCAGUGCAGUCCAGGUGGGCCAUCUUCAUGAUUCCUGUCUACCUGCUUUGUUAUUGCUAGAAUCACAUUUUAUUUGUUUUAUUUUUUUUUGCUUUCUACUGUCAGGGUAGACUUACACAUUCUGUAUUUACAUAUGUUGGCAUACAUUUAAUUUGAAACGCACUUAAAGAAAAUAAAAGGUAUUCCAAAUUUAGAUGCACUCUAAUACUGAGCCAAGAAGACCAUUGAGUGUAAAAGUAGGUGACAGAUCUUUUUUUAAAGGCAUAGUAGCAGCAGGAUAUGUGUCAUGCUUGCAUCUCUAACUUUUUGUUCUCAAAUUCAGUUGACUUUGUGGUCUUCCUAUUUAUUUUUGUAACUUAAGCUAUUGGUUGUAGCAUAAAGUACAGGUAGCCUCACAUUCAAAACUGAAAUAUGUGCAAUAAAAUACAUUCAAUGAAACCAACAAAUGCAU